AUGGUGGUCGUUACACGUCAACAUGAAGAACGUAUCUUCCCCCUCAACAACGCUCCGCUGUCUCCUGAAGAAGACACGGUCGUGCCACUCUCCCUGCUCGAUGCAACUACCGCCAAUUUCUCCGUCACAGGCGCGAUAUGGUUUCUGGAGAAAGCGGAAGAUGGCCACGGCAAUCGGCACGAGCUCAAUGAACGCUUGAAAGGCGCAUUAGCAAUUACUUUGAAAUCUUACCCACAAUGUGCCGGUCGGCUCGAGCUGGUUCCCUAUGACGAGGGACGUCAAUUUGGAAGACUCCAGAUACGCUUCAACUGCCUGCAAGAUCCGGGAGUGGACUUUCUCACCGCUGAAAGUCAUGAUACCUUGGACGAUUUGAUCUCGAGGGAUCUGUGUCAUGCGCCCUACAAGGACAUGCAUCGACUUGAGCUCAAUGCCUUUACGCCGCCAACCGAGCUUGCGGCUCCAUUGCGGGAUGACCCCAACGCUAUCAAACCAGCAAUGGCCGUUCAAAUGACACAAUUGGCGUGUGGCGGGACCGUACUUGCUGUCAAGAUGGCUCAUCCCCUCGGUGAUGCCCACACUCUGGCGACUUUUGUGAACGACUGGGCUCGCGUCAGCAGAGCCAUUGCAGCGAACUCGCCAUUGCCAAACCUAUCUCCGCUGUUUGACCCCUCGCGCCUCGACACCCUGGCUGCAGGAGAUGUCAAGAAGCCCGAAUCUGAUUCGGACAUUAUCCAAGCUGCUUUGAAUCUCCCCCUCCAUCGGUACGACUGGUGGACUUCCGCGGACGGAUGUCCCUGGCCCAUCGAGCCGCCCGGCCCAUUCAAGUCCCAGUCUCUCAAGCCCGCGGGAAACCCAAUGCCCUGGUCAGAGUGGGAUGUCAGUGCUCCCGUGUCGCAUUUCGUCCUUCAUUUCACCCCAGCCCAGGUGCAAACCCUACACGCAGCAGCCUCGUCUCAGGGCGCACCCAAAAUCAGCACACAUGACGCGGUGUUAGCGCACAUCUGGUCCGGCAUCAGUCGUGCUCGACACGCGGAUCGGGGAAUCGCCCAUGGACCCGUACACUGCGACUUGGUGUAUGGUCUACGGGACCGAUUGUGCCUAGGUGCAGAUUUUGUGGGAUGUCCCCACGUCAUGCUUGACGUGGCCAUGGAGGCUUCAAUUGCUCGGCAAACUGAUAUCGCUCCACUGGCUUCAGCGAUUCGAUCAACAUUGACAAAGAUCACACGCGACGGACUGAAAGCUCAUCUGCAUUCGAUCGCUUAUGAGGACUCGCCUCAACGUCUCUGGCAGGCAUUCCUGGGUGACAGACACAUCCUGGUGACAUCGUGGGCUCAAAACCAGGUGUACACUGCCGACUUUGGAACUGGCUUGGUGCCUCGUUAUGUCGAAGCUAUUAUGCCUGAUAUGGAUGGUACCAUUCAGAUAAAACAGGGAUCAACACGUGAUUUCGAAGCUAGAACAAGUGUUGCUCCAGAUGACGCUCAGCCUUGGUAUAAGCAUGGGGUGGAUGUUUCCUUGCACUUGCGAUCCAGUGUGAUGGAAAAGUUAUUGGAGGAUACUAGCCUGUUCCCAUGA